AGCUCCGCCGCAGCGUCGCUCCGCAACCUGACGAGGAAAUAAGUCCAGUUUCUACCCACCGGAGCGAUUCCGAGCGCUUUCAUUAUACGAGCACAAUGCGCUCGAUCUUUUCCUCUCAAGGCUGCUUUUUCUCAGUCCUGUACAGUUUAUCAGUGGUCCUGGCUGCAGUCCCCGAGCCUGAGAAUGUGACGGUGAUGUCAUACAACAUGGGUGCCGUUCUGGAGUGGGACUACCCACACAACGCAUCCGAGGGUGUCAGGUACACGGCGGAGUUCAAAAGUCAUCUGCUGGAAUAUGUUGCUGCCUGCCAGAGUCAGCAGGAGAGGAAGUGCGAUUUCACGAAUAACACUCAUUAUUUUGGAAUUUACACUUUUCGAGUGCGAGCAGAACUCCAGGGCAGCACGUCAUCCUGGGUAAACACCACGGAGUUCUUCCUCGAUCGACAGACCAUCAUUGGUCCACCUGUCGUGAGCCUGCACUCUAAGGCAGGGGACAUGGAAGUCAAUCUCCAGGACCCUGUGCUGAAGAUGUCCACGUUAAAGGAUGUGUACACCGACAUCAUUUACAAUCUCUCUUAUUGGAAGGAAGGUCAGGAGGAGACAAAGAAGCAGAAGCAAACGAAGCAGAAGCUGCUGUUGCUAAGCGAGCUUCUCCCCUGGACGCGCUACUGCGUACAGGCAGACAUCUACAUACCGGGCUACAGCAAGCUGAGUGAGCAGAGCGAGCCGGUGUGCGAAACAACCACAUCAAACGGGACGGUGAAGCCUUGGGUGGUGGCCGUGGCGCUUAUAUCGAGCUUCCUGGUGACCACUGUGUCUCUGCCGCUCUUGUUCCUGCUGGGCUGGUAUUGCUAUAAGGGUCUGAGGUUCCUCUAUCCCAGCGCCAAACUUCCAGAGCAUUUCAAGCAGUACUUGAUAGAACCAUACCGGUCCUAUAUCUUCUUGGCUAUGCAGAACAGCGCCGAGGAGAAUGAGCCGUACCACGCCGUGGUCAUCGUUUCAGAUGGCUCAGGCGAGCAGGCCGACGCCCCCGCCGAGCCCUCAGAGAAGCUGCAGGCCAUGGAGGAGAAUCAGGUCCACAGCGAAGAGGACAAAGAUGAGAAGGACAAAGAUCAACUUCUGCAGCCGUCAUAAUGAGAUUUCAAUCAGAAAACGGAGAAAAAGACUCAGACCGCUGCUUCAUGCACUCCAUUGUUAUUUGGAUGGACCACUGAUGUGGGACAAAACUGUGCAGUCAGUUGUAACUGUACUUUUUAUUAUAAUAUUUAUCUAUUCAAGUCUUUUCUUAUUGGGGAGGGAACUUCCCUCUUCUAUUUAAAUCUGUUCCCUGCUGCAUAGAGCCAUACAGGGGUCACUCUGUGUCUGUGUCAAAGACAUGCCGUCCUGCAUUACCCAUGGGCUACUCUGGGCUCUGGGAAGAUGAGAGCCCAACCUAUCAUUCAGCCUAAUAAAUAAAUUUGUAAACAAAAAAAUUAAAACAAA